AUGGCUGCUAAACAAAGAAUGAAAAUUGCUAAUGAAAAAGCUAGUAAAAAUAUUACAAUGAGAGGAGUUGUACAAAAAUCAAGUAAAUCUCAAGAUGAUAAAUACAGAGUUGGUCCAUGGCUUCUCGCAUUAUUCAUAUUCGUAGUAUGUGGUUCAGCUUUACUUCAAAUAAUUCAAAGUAUUAGAAUGGCAUAA